CUAGGCACAUUCAAGACUGACGAUGGUGACUAUUUCGUAGAGCCGUUGCUAUCGCUUGAAGAACAGGAGUACGAAGAAGAGCACAAUAAACCACAUCUAGUCUACCGACACCGGACGCCUCCAACCAACUCUUCAGGGGACAGGCAGACUUGCGAUACUCCAGAUCAUGAACACAGUCACAAAAAGAACAAGCGGAAACACUGGAGAAGGCAGUGGGCAGAAAGCAGCCUAUUAUCUGACGUGGAGAUGUUGAAACACAGCGUGGAAGUGAACUCGCUUUCUGCGGAUAGGAACAAGACUGGGAACAUCAGUGAAAGGAAGAGCCACAAACGAACAAAGCGGUUUCUCUCCUACCCUCGGUUUGUGGAAGUGAUGGUGGUGGCUGACAGCAGGAUGGUCGCCUACCACGGAGCUAAUCUACAGCACUAUGUCUUAACGUUAAUGUCAAUAGUGGCUUCUAUCUACAAAGACCCAAGCAUUGGAAAUUUAAUUAAUAUCGUUAUUGUGAAAUUGGUCGUGAUACAUAACGAACAGGAUGGCCCUGCAAUAUCUUACAAUGCCCAGACGACGUUAAAAAACUUCUGCCAAUGGCAGCAAUCCCAGAACCACCCCGAAGGAAGUCACCUUCAACACGAUACAGCCGUGCUUGUUACCAGACAGGAUAUUUGUAGAGCGCACGACAAAUGUGAUACUCUGGGUCUGGCAGAGCUGGGCACAGUCUGUGACCCAUACAGGAGCUGUUCAAUUAGUGAAGAUAACGGUCUGAGCACUGCUUUCACAAUAGCACAUGAACUUGGCCAUGUAUUUAACAUGCCACAUGAUGACAAUCAUAAGUGUAAAGAAGAUGGAGGUAAAAAUCAACAGCAUGUCAUGGCGCCAACACUGAACUUCUACACCAAUCCCUGGAUGUGGUCAAAAUGCAGUAGGAAAUACAUCACUGAAUUUCUGGACACUGGUUAUGGGGAGUGUUUGCUUGAUGAACCUUCAUCAAGAACUUACACGUUGCCUCAGCAGCUCCCGGGGCUGAUUUAUGAUGUCAACAAGCAAUGUGAGUUAAUUUUUGGCCCCGGAUCUCAAGUGUGCCCGUAUAUGAUGCAGUGUCGGCGACUUUGGUGUAUUAACAUCGACGGUGCGCACAAGGGAUGUCGUACUCAACACACGCCUUGGGCUGAUGGGACAGAAUGUGAGCCUGGAAAGCACUGCCGGUUUGGGAUGUGCGUGCCGAAAGAGCGAGAGGCGCCGGUGAUAGACGGAGCGUGGGGGACGUGGAGCCCUUUCGGGACCUGCUCGAGAACCUGCGGCGGCGGCAUAAAGACGGCAAUACGAGAGUGCAACAGGCCCGAGCCUAAAAACGGUGGGAAAUACUGCGUGGGUCGUCGCAUGAAGUUUAAAUCCUGCAACACUGAACCGUGCUCAAAGCUGAAGAAGGAUUUCCGGGAUGAGCAGUGCGCUGACUUCGACGGGAAGCACUUUAACAUCAACGGGCUGCCCACGAACGUGCGCUGGGUUCCCAAAUACAGCGGCAUCCUGAUGAAGGAUCGGUGCAAGUUGUUCUGCCGGGUGGCGGGAAAUACGGCGUAUUACCAGCUGCGGGAUCGCGUCAUCGACGGGACGCCCUGCGGCCCUGACACGAAUGACAUCUGUGUGCAGGGCCUUUGUCGGCAAGCUGGAUGUGAUCAUGUGCUGAAUUCAAAAGCAAGGAGAGAUAAAUGUGGUGUUUGUGGUGGGGAUAAUUCUUCAUGCAAAACUGUUGCGGGCACAUUUAACACGGUGCAUUAUGGCUAUAACGUUGUGGUCCGCAUCCCAGCUGGUGCAACUAAUAUUGAUGUGCGUCAGCACAGUUACUCAGGGAAGCCAGAGGAUGACAACUACCUGGCCUUAUCUAACAGUCAAGGAGACUUUAUAUUAAAUGGAGACUUUGUCGUCAGUAUGUUUAAAAGGGAAAUCAAAGUUGGGAAUGCUGUGAUCGAAUACAGCGGAUCGGAUAAUACUAUUGAAAGGAUUAAUUCUACAGAUCGGAUUGAGCAAGAAAUAACGCUUCAGGUUUUAUCAGUGGGUAAUUUGUACAAUCCCGACGUUCGUUACACAUUUAAUAUCCCCAUUGAGGACAAACCUCAGCAGUUUUACUGGAAUGCGUACGGCCCGUGGCAGCCCUGCAGUAAGCUCUGUCAAGGGGAACGAAAAAGGAAACCCGUGUGUACGAGAGAGUCGGAUCAGCUCACAGUGUCGGACCAGCGAUGUGACCGGAUUCCCCAGCCUGACCCCAUCACUGAGCCUUGUAGCACGGAAUGUGAAUUAAGGUGGCACAUCGCGAGGAAGAGCGAGUGCACGGCCCAGUGCGGGCUGGGGUACCGCACCCUGGAGAUCUACUGCUCCAAGUACAGCAGGCUGGAGGGGAAGAUAGAGAAGGUCGACGACCGCUUCUGCAACAGCCAGCCCAAGCCGAGCACGAGGGAGAAAUGCACUGGAGACUGUAACGUGGGAGGGUGGCGGUACUCGGCCUGGACCGAGUGCUCCAAGAGCUGCGGUGGGGGCACACGGCGGCGACGAGCCAUGUGCGUGAACACCUACAAUGACGUCCUGGAUGACAGCAAGUGCAGUCAGCAGGAGAAGCUGACGGUGCAGCGAUGCAGUGACUUCUCGUGCCCCCAGUGGAAAACUGGUGACUGGUCCGAGUGCCUGGUCACCUGUGGAAAAGGGCACAAACACCGCCAGACCUGGUGCCAGUUUGGAGAAGAUCGGUUAAACGACAGGUUUUGCGAUCCCGAAACGAAGCCGGAGUCGGUGCAGACGUGCCAGCAGCAGGAGUGCGCUUCGUGGCAAGUGGGGCCGUGGGGCCAGUGCACGAUGACCUGUGGCCAAGGCUACCAGAUGAGAGCGGUGAAGUGUGUCGUGGGCACCUACAUGUCAGUGGUGGAUGAUAACGAGUGUAAUGCUGCAACCAGGCCAACAGAUACCCAGGACUGUGAAAUAGCAGCAUGUCCUCCCCAUCCAAAUAGUCCCGAAGCCAAGAGAUCCAUAUCAGGCAUUCACAGGACACAGUGGAGAUUUGGAUCCUGGACACCAUGCUCCGCGACGUGUGGGAAGGGUACCCGGAUGAGAUACGUCAGCUGUCGGGAUGAUCAGGGCUCGGUGGCUGAUGAGUCAGCUUGUUUCCACCUCCCGAAGCCAUCAGCCACGGAAAUGUGCACCGUGAUGCCAUGUGGGCAGUGGAAGGCCUUGGAGUGGAGCUCCUGCUCGGUGACUUGUGGUCAAGGUAAGGCAACGCGACAAGUGAUCUGCAUCAAUUACAGUGACCAGCUGGUGGAUAGGAGUGAGUGCGAUCCAGACGACCUCCCUGCCACCGAGCAAGACUGCUCCAUGUCUCCUUGUCAUCCAAACAGCCAUGACUACGGCAGGCCCAUCCACCCUUUCCUCUAUCCGGAUCAUCGCCUGAAACUGCACCCCGGAGGCAGCCCGAACCGAAACCGUGCGCAUAUACCAGGAGGCAAUCAGUGGAGGAUUGGCCCCUGGGGUGCUUGCUCUAGCACGUGUGCGGGGGGGUUCCAGCGGCGGGUCGUGGUGUGCCAGGAUGAAAACGGAUACACCGCAAAUAACUGUGAUGAGAAAAGCAAACCCAUAGAGCAGAGAUCGUGUGAAUCUGGCCCCUGUCCUCAGUGGGCUUAUGGCAACUGGGGAGAGUGCACAAAGCCAUGCGGGGCAGGGACAAGAACGCGGCUGGUGGUGUGCCAGCGCCCUAAUGGAGAAAGGUUUACGGAUCUGAGCUGUGAAAUCCUUGAUAAGCCACCGGACAGAGAGCAGUGCAAUGUGCAGGACUGUCCUAGAGAUGCUGCCUGGAGCGCUGGUCCUUGGAGCUCGUGUUCUGUCUCCUGUGGAAGGGGCCAAAAGCACCGCAAUGUGUACUGUUUGUCAAAGGAAGGGAGGCAUGUAGAAGAAGAUUAUUGCAAGCACCUUGCUAAGCCCAACAUGCAAAAGAAAUGCAGAGGGGGCAGAUGUCCGAAGUGGAAAGCAGGAGAUUGGGGACAG